GUAUCUUGCUGAUCGUUACGUUGAAGGUACUUGCCCAAAGUGUGGUUAUGUGGAUGCUCGAGGGGACCAAUGCGACUCUUGCGGACAACUUCUCAACGCUAUCGAGUUGAUAAAUCCACGCUGUCAGCAAGAUGGGAAUGCUCCGAUUACACGGGAAUCGCGCCAUAUGUUUCUUAAUUUGAAUACGCUUCAAGGUCCCACUGAGCGAUGGAUAGAGGACGCCAGUACUGAAGGGAAAUGGUCUCUAAAUAGUAAGACGAUUACCCAGAAUUGGCUUCGUGAAGGUCUCAGACCACGAUGUAUCACGCGUGAUUUGCAAUGGGGCACCAAGGUACCUCUGGAAGGCAUGAAAGACAAAGUAUUCUAUGUGUGGUUCGACGCCCCUAUUGGUUACUUGUCGAUAACUGCAAAUUAUACUGACCAAUGGGAACAGUGGUGGAAGAAUCCCGAAGACGUAAAAUUGUACCAAUUUAUGGGGAAGGACAACGUGCCUUUUCACACUGUCAUGUUUCCUAGUACUCUAAUUGGUACGGGAGAGACUUGGACGCUGUUGCAUCAUUUGAGUACAACAGAAUAUCUGAAUUACGAGAAUACCAAGUUUUCUAAAUCACGUAACAUUGGCGUAUUUGGCGAUGAUGUCAAGGACACUGGAAUACCCGUGUCAGUAUGGCGAUAUUAUCUUCUGUCAAUUAGACCAGAGACUAGCGAUUCCAUGUUUACAUGGAAAGAAUUUAUUACAAAAAACAACACCGAAUUACUUGCAAAUCUGGGUAACUUUGUCAAUCGAGUCGUUAAAUUCACUAUUGCAAAAUAUAAUGGUAUUUUGCCCGAUUUUACCAUGGAUGGGGAAGAUGAGCAAACACUCACUAAAAGUGUCAACGAGAUAUUAACUAAAUAUUUGGAGGCUAUGGAGAAUGUUAAGAUUAGAGCUGGAUUAGAAAAGGCGAUGGAAUUGUCUCACCUGGGAAACCACUAUCUUCAAGAGUCCAAGCUUGAUAACACUUUAUUUGCCGAAACUCCCAAAAAGUGUGCAGCGGUUAUUGGUGCCACGAUAAACAUAAUAUAUUUGUUGUCUGCAUUGAUUGAGCCCUAUAUGCCAUCGACAAGUGAAUCCAUUCUACGUCAGCUUAACGUCCCAGCACGUACUAUUCCUGAUUCUUGGACGAUUGAUAUUUAUCCUGAACAUAAAUUGGGAAAGGCCGAGUAUUUAUUCCGGAGAUUAGACGAUAAGCAGUUUAAAGAAAAGUAUGGAGGUGGAGAUACAAA